UUGGAUAAACAAAAAAUUGAAAUUUUUGACCGUUGAAAGUUGAAAGAAAUUGAACAAAAAAGUGCAAAUUGGUAGCACAUUAUCCUUCCUCCGUUGGUAGCACAUUGCACGUUUAAUUUCCGAUUUAAACUUUGAAGACAGUUUCUAGAUUUUGGCCAAAAUGUUUUCUUCACCUGGAAUACAAAUAUAUUCGUCGGAAAAUGCAGAAAAUAUGGUACAGCGAAAGGCCGGGUCUCAACUCGUGCCUAGGAUGCCUUUUAUAGAUCGGUCAGUAAAUGGAGAGAGUCCUUUUGAUAGAAAACUUAAUUUGAAAAGUGGUUCCAAAAAAAGUACCACCAUGAAACAAAAAAUCUCUCCUAAAUUAGUCAAACAGGAAAUGUUAGAUUCCGACCUAGAUGGAGAAGAUUUUGUAUUUUCUGGUAAAGAAAUAAAAGACACUUAUAAUGAUAUUUGGGAUUCCUUACCCAUAGGAAAAGAAACAAUGAAGAUGCUUAGAAAUUUGGAUCCACAAACACCACCACCUUCCCCAUGUAAAGAAAAUAAACAACCCAUGUUGAUAGACUCAGACUUUUUAGAAUUGCCACCACCAUUUAUUUGCGAACUGCAAGAACCAACUUUAUAUGAUAGCAGUUUUGAAGACGACUUACCAACUGUUGGACCAUUUGAAUACUUUGAUGUUUCCAUUUAAUUAUAUAUGUUUUCUUGACAUACGAGUAUUAUCAAACUUUGCUAUGAAUUAUUAUUUUAAGUUGUUCCUUUUACUUAUUUUGCAUUGUAUCUUUACCAAUAUUAAUUAAAAUAGCUUUUGUUUAAA